AUGGUGAAAAUCGAGGCAUUUGCCGUGGAACAGUGGAUGGACAAGUAUGAGACGACUGCCAAAUUCAACACAGCCGAGACCUGUUGCGCGUCUGUCUCAAUUGAUGAUCUUCGUGCUCUCUGCGAGAACAAGGAUAAGGAUCCGCUGGUCGGACUGCAGUCGAUGAAGCUUACCUACGGUGCCAUUCGGGGCUCCGAUCAACUGCGUGAAACGCUCAGCAAUCUUUACUCGGCUAAAACUCCUGGAUUGACCAGUAAGGAGAGCAUCUUAAUCACCAACGGCGCGAUUUCAGCCAAUUUCUUACUGUUGUACACCCUGAUCGGACCUGGGGACCAUGUGAUCUGCCACUACCCCACCUACCAACAGCUUUAUUCGGUCCCUGCAUCACUAGGCGCCGAGGUUAGCCUCUGGAAGGCGAAUGAAUCAAAGGAUUGGCAACUUGAUCUCGACGAGCUGAAAUCGCUUAUACGCCCGAAUACUAAAUUGGUUAUUAUCAACAACCCCCAAAACCCGACUGGUGCUAUUGUUCCGCGCGACACUCUCCAAGGUCUAGUUGAGAUUGCUCGAGAAUCUUCUAUCACGCUCUUCGCAGAUGAAGUAUAUCGACCGGUGUUUCACAACAUCAGCCCAAUGGACCCUCAAUUUCCUCCGUCGCUUCUCUCCUUGGGCUACGAGCACAGUGUAGUGACUGGGUCGGUUUCAAAGGCCUACAGUCUAGCUGGUCUCCGCGUGGGGUGGAUCGCAUCUCGCAACGAGUCAAUCAUCGAGGCUUGUGCUAGUUCGCGCGAUUACACCACGAUCUCAGUCGGUCAGCUCGACGAUGCCAUUGCUAGCUUCGCGCUUGGCCCGGACUGCAUUCACAAUCUGUUGAGACGCAAUAUUGAGCUGGCGCGAACUAACCUUGCUAUCUUGGAGAAGUUCAUUGAGUCUUACCGCUGGGCUUGCGAUUGGAUCAAGCCUCGUGCUGGUACAACGGCAUUUGUCCGAUUCAACAAGAUGGGCAAGCCAGUCAAUGACGUAGCUUUCUGCGAGAUGCUACACGAUCGAAAGGGCGUGAUGUUUGUACCCGGAAGCUUGUGUUUCGGAGGAGGUGAGGAAUUCCGAGGGUAUGUGCGCAUUGGGUAUGCCUGCGAGACUCAUGUGUUGGAACAAGGCCUCGACAGGCUCCGAGAUUUCAUGGAAGACGACUAUGAUGAUGUUCCUGCACUGAAAAAGGCUAAGUCGUCUCAAUAG